AGAAUUGAAGAACCGAAAGUCAUUCAUCUUCUUCUUUGUGAACAUCUGUGAUUGUUGUUAUUGCUAGUUCACGGCCGCCAGCCACCCGCCCGCCCCCAGCCAUUGGUGCUGCCGCUAAGCUCUUCUUUUUACCCAGCUAUUGACGCGCGAUGCGAUUUCAUCCGAUUUUAAGCGAUUUAACGAGUCCAACACGAUUUUACUGUGAUUUCAAUUUUAAGUGCGAGUUAACUCGAAAUCAAUACUUGUGAUCGGAAAUUCGUGCGAUUGUACGAGUUAAAUAGCGAGUUUGACAACCAUGUCUCUGUCUAUGAAACCCUAAUUCUUAAAUCUCUGAAGAAAUUCACUCAAUUCUCUAAAUUUUGAAGGAAAAAAGAAACCUGCGGAAGCUUUCACAAGCAUGGGAAAGAGGGGAGGGAGCCGAAGAACAACGAAUAAGACACCACUGUCUCAAAACCCAAUUUCUCUUAGGGAAGAAGUGAGUGGGAAGAAGCAAACCAAUGUGAAGUCUAAAUUGAAGCACGAGCACCUGCAAAAUCUAGCGGUUUGGGCAAGUUCUGAACCUUCAAUCCCUUCUUUGGCGGCAUUCUUUGGCCACAGAUUAGCCGCUGAUGGCGAGAUCUCCGGUAUCUCCCCCGACCCUUCUCUACUUCCUUGUCAGAGAUGUGAGACAAUCCUUAGGCCUGGCUUUAACUGUACAGUUCGUAUUGAAAAGAAUGGAGCAAAAGCACGACAUAGACGUAAGAAACCUCAUGGUUUGACACAAAAUAAUGUGGUUUUUAAGUGCCACUUCUGCUCACAUAGGAAUCUGAAGAAAGGGACUCCAAAAGGCCAUAUGAAAGGCAUCUGCCCUCCUAAGCUAAAGACACCUUCAAUCUCCGAGGCUGUUAAGUCUGUCGGCUGGGACCAAGACACAAGUGAAGAUAAAGAUAAAUCUUGUAAUGUUGAGGUGAUACCUUUGCCAGCAAUAGCAGAGGAGGCUCCACCUGUGGAUAAUCCAACCACUCCUUUGUUUAAGAUAGGAAGAACUUUGUUGGAUGGGAGCAAGAGAAAGAGGAAUAAAUCGGGAUCUAAAAGAUCAGCUGAAUGCGAUGGCAAUUCUACCACAAUAGAUGCAGAAAAAACUGUUAGUGCAUCAAGCAAAAGGAGGAGAAAAUCUUGGAUGAGCCUCAAGGAAAUUGCUGAAAGUAAUGAGAAGAGUAACAGGAGGAACGUUAUAUCAAUCCCUUUCUUUUGUGAGGGGUAGAAAAAAUUUUUUUUUUAAGUCAUAUGUAAGUUUAUUCUAACACUAUUAUUAUUUUUUAUCUUUAUUAUCAAAAGAUAUUUUAUGAAUAAAACAUUUUCCUAAGUGAACUUGCAGCACUAGUUGCAUUGGAUAUGAAACAAGUUUAGCAAGGCUAAGAUCUUGGUUUUAUUCUUGGUAAAAUCAAUCUCCCUUCCCUCAAAUUCUCUCAUGUUCAAAGAAAAAAAAAAAUUGCCCAAGUUGGUUGCGUAAAGAUUACCAACGCAGUAUGCAUGGUACAGAUUUUCCGUGGAAGAGUUUGUUAUGUGGAAGACAAAGAGAUACAAAGUUAGUGUUGGGAUUUGAACUACUGUUUAAAAGCAUCUGGUUUGGACAGCUUUAUGUCAAGCUAAUAGAUUGACGGAGCCCAC